GCCUACGCCCCUCAAUUAGCCUCACAAUUAUCGUUAUCAUCCACCCAGAUCAAUGAGAUUGCGCUCCUUGGAAACUUUGGGAUGUAUGGCACUGGACCUUUUUGGGGUAAACUCACAGAUGCACGUGGUCCUGGAUUACCAUUAUUCCUUGGCGGUCUCUCAAUCCUCACUGGAUACGCCCUUGUUCACUCUUUCUACACUCUCACCAUCCCUCUUCGUCCUUCUUCUGCACUCCCUACCGACCCCGUUUCUCUCCCCGCGAUGCUCCUCCUAGCACUCUCCAUGUGUAUGGUAGGUGCUGGUAGUUGCGGAGGAAUCACCGCCGCUCUCAAUACAGUCGCCAAAUCUUAUCCUGAUAAAUCCCGUGCCAGUGCAUCCGGUAUAGUCUUAGCGGGUCUUGGACUGAGCGCAUUCUUCUUUAGUACAAUAGGACAUUUGAUAUUUCCUGGUGAUGCUGGUGGUCUUCUCAUUUUACUCAGUAUAGGAACGAGUCUUCCAAUGUUAUUAUCAAGUAUCUUUGUACGACCCGUUUCACCUCAUUCUGAAGAAGGAUAUCAACCUAUCGCCAUUGAAGAUCAAGAUGAAGAAGGUGUUAUUCCAAAUGGACCGAAAAGAAGAUCGAGUGAAUUGUAUAUUUCAAGAACAAAUUCAUUAGAAUUGACGAGAACUAGAACACAUUCUCCUGGUCCUUUUCCAAGAGAAAGACAUCAUGAUCAUCAUCAUCAACAAUCUAAUUCUUCACAUUCUCAAUCUCAAUCUCAAUCUCCUAACCUCGAUAACGCCCAACAUCUUGAUCAUGAUGAUGUUCAUCCUCACGCACAUUUCGCAAUUCCUGAACCUUCCUCAUCACUAUCACACAAACCAUCACAUAAAAGAUCAAGUUCAAUGGGAUCUUUAAAACCAUCGGCUAUAUCUUACAAACCUACAGAAUUAUUAUUCAAAGUUGAUUUCUGGCUUUUAGGUUUGACUUUGGCUACGUUGUGUGGAGUGGGUUUGAUGUAUAUCAAUAAUGUCGGAACGGUCACUUUGGCUUUGGCGAGAGAUGGUAAUUUAGAAUAUGAUAAGAAAUUGGUUAGUGGUUGGCAAGCUAAACAGGUGGCUAUAAUUAGCGUUUGGAACUGUUCGGGUAGGGUCAUAGGUGGACUAUACUCGGAUUAUUGCAAAGCGAAAUUCCAUUUAGCUCGUAUAUGGUUCCUACCAGUCGUAGCAUUCUCUUUCCUUAUUUCUCAAAUCGUAGCUUUUUCAACAGAAUCAGUACAUCAUCUAUGGAUAGUUUCUACCCUUCUAGGAGUGGCAUACGGCGCUUUAUUCAACGUAGUACCUAUGUUGGUGUUAGAAUGGUUUGGCAUGGCACAUUUUUCUCAGAAUUACGGAUGGAUUUGCGUCGCACCUGUCACAGGAGGUAAUCUUUUCAAUUUGAUAUUUGGUAGAAUAUACGAUUCCAAUGCUAUCGGUCAUAUAAGUCCUUCAGUACCUUCUCCCUCAAAUCUGACAAACCUUUCUGUUCUUGCACAUUUCCCAAGAGCCGGAUCAGAUCAUCAUGCUUGUUUGUUAGGUCGGAAAUGUUAUUCCACCGCAUUCCAACUUACCAUCCUAGGUAGUUUGUUCGCCCUGGGAUUGAGCGUUUGGGCAGGGGUUAGGAGAGAACGUUUGAGUCGUUCGAGA